ACCACUGAUUUAACAGGACUGCGCACACCAGAACUCUGUAGGAGAGAAGUUCUUCACAAAGGUCCAGCGUUUGGGCGCAAAAGGAUGGAUUCUUUCAGAUCGGGCUCUAGCAUAGGAUUGUCUCCCUCUCCCAGAGAUCGACAAUCACCCAUGAGUUUUGAUCAGGAGCACUCACAACCGGGAACAAUGGCCGGAGUUCAGGCGGGAACACUUGGCUUCCCAUCUGAAUCGCUGUGCGUAAAGUACGGGGAAUUUUUAAAACACACCGCUGCCGCCGCAGCAGCCGCGGAGAGCAGUGGCGGGGAGCAGAGUCAGGAUGAUGACAGUGAUGGCAUUGGCAGGAGUGACAUGGUGCUUUUUCCUGAGGAAAGGCUCAUGGCAUCAAUGGCCAAAUGUGACGCAGGUAAGAAACACAAAGAGCAGAAAGUGCUGCGGCUGAACAUUAACGCCCGUGAGAGGAGGAGGAUGCAUGACCUGAACGACGCGCUCGAUGAACUGAGGUCGGUGAUCCCCUACGCGCACAGCCCGUCCGUACGGAAGUUAUCCAAAAUAGCCACUUUGCUCCUCGCCAAAAACUACAUCCUCAUGCAAGCGCAAGCACUUGAAGAGAUGAGAAGACUUGUCACUUAUCUUAACCAUGGACCCGGUGUUACCGCGGCGAAUACAUCUGGUGCACCCGGAUUAGGGCUCUAUGACCAGCAGACAGGAUACCCGUUCUCUGCUGGGACUCCAGACCCUUUCCAUAGCAAUGCAAAUCUCUUUAAUAAACACUUCAACCAUAAACAUUGAACAGUUGUGGCCGACGACACUAACAGGGGACUUCAAGCGUCAUGCACACAACUGAAUUGAUGAAUUGAUGGGACCAGCGUGACUGACUGAGAAGUAACCACAUUACCAAAAUAUGGAUUCUUACUGUAUAUGAUAUUAUAUAUUUCAUGGUGAUUAUGUAUCGAAAUAGCUGUUGUUUUUGCAACGCCAAACGAAAUGACAGCUCCAUAACAUGGUCAAAAUGGUGAGGCUAAUUUGUCUUUAACAAAUUACAAUGCAAGUCCAGUCUAUUUAUUUGACCAUUAUGUAGGCCUUUAUUCAGUUUGAUUCGAUGAUGUUCGAUGAAUAAAUUGUAUUGGUGAUAUAAUAGAGAUGUUAUGGUCUAUAUUUCUGCAUUAUAUUCCAAGUCGUGUAUGUACAACCACACUUAACAUCUGAAAGUCACAAUUUAUCAACAAUUUAUUUCCAUCAAUUUAAGAUUGUUAUUAAUUGCCUGGUUUAAAUUCCCCCUAAAUACUAUGUAAAAACUCAGCCAUAUAGCCUAACAAACAUAAAUGGGGUCUUUUCAGUAGCAAGAAAAACAACAUGCUCAAACAAGGAUCGGCAAGUCAUAGCCACAGUGAGCUUGUCAAACAAAACAAUUAGUCUUUGAUCAUAGUUGAUAACCUUGCAGACUCCAAUGACCCCAUUAAAAGAAUAUAGGUCACUUUUAGAUAAUAAAAACAUUUAUGAAUACAAUUACAGCCAUGUGCAGGACUGGUUUGUUAGGUUUUAAUUUAUUUGAUUUUAUGAAUAGUAAAUAGUAAGUAUCCUGUUAGUGUCUUGAAAUAGGAAAGACAUUUGAAUGUAUAACUUUAAAAUGGUCAGUUAUUGUUAUUAUACGAAUAAAUAUGUCAUCAGAAAUGUUUAGGGACACCACCAUCUAAUACAUAAAGCUAUAAUCACAUUGUGCUUUACCCUAUAAAAUAGUUUAACUAUUUUAUUCAACUACUGUACUGUAGGAUACAGCUUAUGUAAUAAUAUAAGCAAGGCAUAAUAAUAAACAUUUGUAUUUUAUUUUAAUAAAAGAUAUGGUAAUCGUUUUUAACAGCAAAAACGGAUAACUAUAUCUAAUUAUUGGCUCAUUAUGUCCUAUGGAAUAAAACAACAAAAGGUUCCUAGCUAGCAGAUUCACUAGCCUUACCCACAGCUGGAGCUUGCCUAUAUAAUACAUUGACAAAUUAGCAAGUCGAUAACUUAUCGUGUGAAUAACCAUAGAGUUAACAUCAGUCUAUGAGAAAAUAGUCAAAUACAUG